GGUGUUGCAGGAAACGGCCUCGUUCUGAGCGCUCGGGCAACACCUUAGAGAAAUCGGGGAGGUGCAGCCGUCUGCCCCUAACAUGGGCGUAUUUCAACACUAAAACGCACACUGAGAGUUAUUUUUAUAUAAACACUACAAAAAAGAAGCUCAGCGGCCCCUUUCCUUUCUGCGAAGCACACUAACAGGCAGCAUGUCGCGGGGGGUGCUGCAGCCGAGCCAGCAGAAGCUGGCGGAGAAGCUGACGAUCCUGAACGACCGGGGGAUCGGGAUGCUCACCCGCAUCUACAACAUCAAAAAGCAAGGACAAGUUUGGAAGGCCUGCGGGGACCCCAAAGCAAAGCCAUCGUACCUAAUAGACAAAAACCUGGAGUCGGCCGUUAAGUUUAUUGUCCGAAAGUUCCCGGCUGUGGAGACGCGCAACAAUAAUCAACAGCUCGCACAGCUGCAGAAAGAGAAGUCCGAAAUCCUGAAGAACCUAGCGUUAUACUACUUCACCUUUGUGGAUGUUAUGGAAUUUAAGGACCAUGUUUGUGAAUUGCUGAACACUAUUGAUGCCUGCCAAGUCUUCUUUGACAUAACAGUAAAUUUCGAUCUUACCAGGAACUACCUUGACUUAGUCGUGACGUACACUACACUAAUGAUACUGCUCUCUCGGAUCGAAGAGCGAAAGGCAAUCAUAGGACUCUACAACUACGCACAUGAAAUGACACACGGCUCCAGCGACCGGGAGUACCCCAGGCUCGGCCAGAUGAUCGUCGACUACGAGAACCCCCUGAAAAAGAUGAUGGAGGAGUUUGUUCCUCACGGAAAGUCGCUGUCGGACGCGCUGAUCUCCCUGCAGAUGGUGUACCCCCGCCGGAACCUCUCCGCGGAUCAGUGGAGGAACGCCCAGCUGCUGAGCCUGAUCAGUGCCCCCAGCACCAUGCUAAACCCCGCCCAGUCUGACACGAUGCCCUGUGAAUACCUGUCCCUGGAUGCUAUGGAGAAGUGGAUAGUGUUCGGGUUCAUCCUGUGCCACGCGGUGCUGAACAGCGACCCGGCGGCCCUCAGCCUGUGGAAGCUGGCCCUGCAGAGCAGCUCCUGCCUCUGCCUCUUCCGGGACGAGGUCUUCCACAUCCACAAGGCCGCCGAGGACCUGUUCGUCAACCUGCGCGGCUACAACAAGCGCAUUAGUGACAUCAGAGAAUGCAAAGAAUCAGCUUUACAACAUGCGGGCUCCAUGCACCGAGAAAGGCGCAAGUUCCUGAGGUCUGCUCUGAAGGAGUUAGCCACAGUGCUGGCUGACCAGCCUGGGCUACUAGGCCCAAAGGCGCUGUUCGUUUUCAUGGCCCUGUCCUUCGCCCGAGACGAGAUCAUCUGGCUCUUGCGUCACGCUGACAACAUCCAGAAGAAGAGCACCGACGACUUCAUAGACAAGCACAUCGCAGAGCUGAUCUUCUACAUGGAGGAGCUGAGGGCCCACGUGCGCAAGUACGGCCCGGUCAUGCAGCGGUACUACGUGCAGUACCUGUCCGGCUUCGACGCCGUGGUGCUCAACGAGCUGGUGCAGAACCUGUCUGUCUGUCCUGAGGAUGAAUCCAUCAUCAUGUCUUCCUUUGUGAACACCAUGACCUCUCUCAGUGUCAAACAAGUGGAAGACGGGGACGUGUUCGACUUCAGGGGCAUGAGGCUGGACUGGUUCAGAUUGCAGGCCUACACCAGCGUGUCCAAGGCUUCUCUGGGAAUCGCAGACCACAGGGAACUGGGCAAGAUGAUGAACACUAUCAUUUUCCACACCAAGAUGGUGGACUCCCUGGUGGAAAUGCUGGUGGAAACUUCAGAUCUGUCCAUAUUCUGUAGCUUUUACAGCCGGGCGUUUGAGAAGAUGUUCCAGCAGUGCCUGGAGCUGCCCUCCCAGUCCCGAUACUCCAUCUCCUUCCCCCUGCUCUGCACCCACUUCAUGAGCUGCACCCACGAGCUCUGUCCCGAGGAGCGGCACCACAUUGGCGACCGCAGCCUGUCCCUGUGCAACAUGUUUCUGGAUGAAAUGGCCAAGCAGGCGCGCAACCUCAUCACAGACAUCUGCACCGAGCAGUGCACCCUGAGCGACCAGCUGCUGCCAAAACAUUGUGCCAAAACCAUCAGUCAGGCGGUGAACAAGAAGUCGAAAAAGCAGACGGGGAAGAAGGGCGAGCCGGAGCGCGAGAAGCCGGGGGUGGAGAGCAUGAGGAAGAACAGGCUGCUGGUUACUAACCUGGACAAGCUGCACACGGCGCUGUCUGAGCUCUGCUUCUCCAUCAACUACGCACCGAACAUGGUGGUCUGGGAGCACACCUUCACCCCCCGAGAGUACCUGACGUCCCAUCUGGAGAUACGCUUCACCAAGUCCAUUGUGGGGAUGACCAUGUACAACCAGGCCACGCAGGAGAUCGCCAAGCCGUCGGAGCUGCUGACCAGCGUGCGCGCCUACAUGACCGUGCUGCAGUCCAUCGAGAACUACGUGCAGAUCGACAUCACCAGGGUCUUCAACAACGUGCUGCUCCAGCAGACCCAGCACCUGGACAGCCACGGGGAGCCCACCAUCACCAGCCUCUACACCAACUGGUAUCUGGAAACCUUACUGAGACAAGUGAGCAACGGACACAUUGCCUACUUCCCAGCCAUGAAGGCCUUCGUCAACCUGCCCACCGAGAACGAGCUGACCUUUAACGCGGAGGAGUACUCCGACAUAUCCGAGAUGCGUUCCCUGUCUGAGCUCCUGGGGCCCUACGGCAUGAAGUUCCUCAGCGAGAGCCUCAUGUGGCACAUCUCCUCCCAGGUGGCCGAGCUCAAGAAACUGGUGGUGGAGAACGUGGAGGUGCUGACCCAGAUGAGGACCAGCUUCGACAAGCCCGACCAGAUGGCGGCGCUCUUCAAGAAGCUCACAUCGGUUGACAGCGUGCUGAAAAGGAUGACCAUCAUUGGAGUCAUUCUUUCGUUCCGAUCGCUGGCCCAGGAAGCGCUGAGAGACGUGCUGUCCUGUCACAUUCCUUUCCUCGUGAGCUCGGUGGAGGAUUUCAAGGACCACAUUCCCAGAGAGACCGACAUGAAGGUGGCGAUGAACGUGUACGAGCUGUCCUCAGCCGCAGGGCUGCCCUGCGAGAUCGACCCGGCCCUGGUGGUGGCGCUGUCCUCACAGAAGUCCGAAAACAUCAGUCCUGAAGAGGAGUACAAGAUCGCCUGCCUUUUGAUGGUCUUUGUUGCUGUUUCCAUGCCAACCUUGGCCAGCAAUGUCAUGUCACAGUACAGCCCUGCAAUUGAAGGACACUGCAACAACAUUCAUUGUCUGGCAAAAGCUAUAAAUCAGAUAGCCGCUGCCCUCUUCACCAUCCACAAGGGCAGCAUUGAGGACCGGCUCAAGGAGUUUCUGGCUCUGGCCUCAUCCAGCCUGUUGAAGAUUGGCCAGGAGACAGACAAAAGCACGACGCGGAACAGAGAAUCUGUCUACCUGCUUCUUGAUAUGAUUGUGCAAGAAUCUCCAUUCCUCACCAUGGACCUGCUGGAGUCUUGCUUCCCCUAUGUCCUGCUGAGAAACGCCUACCAUGCAGUCUACAAACAGAGCAUCACCUCUUCAGCGUAAGAGACUCCGUUUCAGCGUAAGAGUCCCUCGUCAGGGGCCAGUCGGUGCAUAGUGGACAGCAGGGGCCCCUGGGAGCAGAGACCACUGUGGGGCUUGUUUUACAUGAGAGUCUUAAGAAAACAGCGAGAAUUUUGUGGGAUCAGACCUUUUUCAUAAAAUUGUAUUAAUGACCAGUUGUUUCCUAUAACAGUAAUAGUAACCUAUAAGCUUGGUUGAGGAGCACUAGAUACACUACUAAAUUACAUUUUUGAAAAAAAAAAAACAUAUGUGCUUCAGAUUAAAAAAAAUACAUAAAAAGAAC